GGGCUGCGAGGAGGGCGAGGGAGCGUGGAGAGGCGUCCUGGGUUGCCAUGGAAACGAGGCUCCGCAGCGACCCAAGCAGCGGAAAGGAGUCCUUUGAAACUUGCCACCAGGGAUUACUGGUGUUCACCGGCUCUUCGGAUCUAGAUGCCAAGUUGGCCAAGCAGUUCUGGGCCGCGGCGUCCCUGUAUCCCCACAACGAAUCUCAGCUGGUGCUGUCCAGAGGCAGCAGUCAGCGUCUGCCGGUGGCGCGGCCCUCCAGGAGCAGGGCGUCUGAGAAAAGUUACGUCCAGCCUUUCAUCCUUGAGAAAAGCAAGAGUAGAGAUGUCACUGCUGAAGCUCUAAAGACUCAGGAAUCUGAGGAGAAGAAAAAGUAUCUCCAAAAGGCCAAGCUCAGGUGCAAUUUGUCUGUGAAGCCGUCCCAGAGGUGA